AUGGAAGUUCUAGAGGAGAAAAUCAAGGAAGCUGAACGUUUCCGUGACAGCUACUAUCAAAAUUUUUCAAAAGGCACGUUGACAGAGAAAAAGCGAGCAGUACGGGAAAAAGUCUUACCAUUAAUUCAGGAUAUUCCGUUGGAUAUGAAUGGACACUCAUCGACAUCGGCAGGAUAUAAUUAUAUUUGUGGACGAAUUUUAAAUAUCUGUGUGGAAUAUGAUGCAAACUGUGAAAGAUAUUUAUCACGUGCCGUAAAAUUGGAUCCUUCAUUGAGUGAUGCAUGGUAUGAAUUAGGCGAAUGUGUCUGGAAAAGGGAAGACUUCACGAUGGCUGUGGAUUGUUUUCGUAAAUCAUUAGCUCUGAAACGUACUGGAAAAUGUCUCUCCUCACUUGCAGCGGCACUUCGACAUACUGCUUUGUGCACAAAGGAAACAAAAAUUCAGCAUUCACUGCAAAAGGAAGCUGCUCAGUUGUCUGAUGAAGCAGUCAAACUGGAUCCUAACUGUGAGAGAGCAUGGCAUGCACUAGGAAAUUCAUGCUUGACGCAGUUCUUCCUCAAUUACCAAACAGAUAUGGAACUUAUAGAUAAAGCUCGAGAAGCCUACGAAAAAGCGUUGGAACUUGGUGAUGUACGUGAUAAUUCGGAUUUGCAUCUCAAUUAUUCAACUGCACUCAAAUUUAUCCAGAAUUACAGCGAGUGUUUGAAACAUUUGAAAAUUGCAACUGUUCACGACCCAGGGUAUUUGGAAGCAAAAGAGCGACUGGAAACACUGCUAUCAUUCUUGAAACAAGUUAACAGACAUGUGCUAAAUAAAGGUAAGUUGAGUGCUAAGAAAAUGCAAUACUUCAAAUCUUCGAUAUCUGAUAAAGAUUUUGGUAUGUAUUGUAAAACGCCAUUCAAGAAGAAGAAUGGUAAAAUAGAAAUCCUUAGAUCAAUUUUGUUUCGAGAAUUGAAGGAGGAAAUUAAUGGCGAUGUUGUGAUUUGUGGCAAAGUUGUUGCAAUUAUCCCUAAUACCGAAGUUGUUCCUUACACAUUUGUUGGCUGUGAUAAAGAAGGGUCUUGUUGUGCUUUUUCUGUUUAUAAUGCGUCAAAUAAAUUUGGACUGGUUAUCGGUGAUUCGAUAGCUGUACCCGAACCGCACAUUAUCGAUGUCAAGAUUUCAUCUGAAGAGAGCGGAUGCGGAAAUUUUGAUUUUCGGAUUGUUCGUAUCGUUCAUCCGUUGAAGAUGUUGAGAAAUGGUAAACCAAUAAGCACAGAAUGUUUAGCAUUUUGUGAGAUGAGUACUGAUUUUAUUUAUUAA